CUGCGGAAUAUGGUUUAAUAGUGUUUGUGAAUAUACCGUUAUUAUUGAGUGAUUGCAAAAUUUUCAUAAAAUUUUAAUAUUGAUCAGUUUUCAAUGCUGCUCAUAAAGAUGUUUCGGUGCGUUAUUGCAUUAAUUUUAAUUAAUGUCUAUUAUCCGAGUUCCGGACUUCCUUUAAAAGGGAAUGCAACUCAAAAUCCUAUAGCACAGCAAUUGCAAAAUCUCGCAAAUAUUUGUGAAAAUUUAGUUCUAUCUGAUUUGAUAAAAAAGCAAAUAGAACACUGCAAUGUCAGUGAACCUGCUGAUACAAAGACAGAGUUCAAGUGUUUGAUGUUUUAUGAUAUAAACAGUCAGCUAUGCACUGCUUUCCGUCGUUCUAAAUUCAAUUUGCAAGAAAACUAUACGACUAAAAUGAAUGAAAUUCAAGAUAUUAAAACUAUAUGCAAUCAUGCAAAAACAUGGAAAUUCACAAACAAAGAAAAGUACCCUAAAAAUGAGCCUAUUGACCAAGUAUUUAAAAAUGAAAUAUUCUGUAUACAAAUGUGUUCAGUGGAUGAAUUCUUGAGCGCAGAUUCUAAUUUCUACUGCAAGUAUUACCAGUGGGGAUCAGAUGUUAUACAAACCCAAAUACCUACUUCGACACAGCAAAAUAUAGGUGCAGCUGUACCUGUAUUAGCAGAGUCAAUUUUAAAUCCUAUCGAAAAUAACACUGACAUUUCAAAUACUCCAAAAAUCGAAAAUGGCACAGUAUCUACCAGUGAAAGCAUCAAACCAAUACAAACGAAAUCUGUAGUCAAUGUUGAAUCUACAAAAACUGAACUAUCCAGUCUAGAUGUGGCAGGCCAAACAUCUACAGCCAAUCAAUCAGCAAUAGCUGAUGCUCAGAAAUCACUCGAAAUUGCUCACAAAAUAACUGAGCAGUCUGCUCUUCCAAUUGAUACCAGUCUAUCAAAGAAUGAAAUUGAAAAACCCCCGGUUGAAGAAGAGCCUCCAAAGAAAGAUGAAGUUGAAAAAAAUAGUAAUAUCCAACCAGUUGAACAGAAGGAAUCUGUUAUUGAAAAUCCUAAAGCGAAGCAACCAGUCGGUGACAUUGAUGAAGAUCAAGAAGAUGAAAAUGAUGAUGAUGCAGAAUAUGUCCAAGGUUCUGAUCAAGAUGACACUGUCAUGAAACCAAUUGAAUCUGAUCCUAAUUUUGAUGAUAAUAAACCUAAAAACACCCUGAGUGCAUUAUUGCGUGCUGGAGGAAAAUCAGUUAAAAUACCAUUGCUAGAUUCCGAUCCAAAUAUGGAUGAACAACCUCACAAAAGAGUUGGAAUUGAAUCUAUAACAUCAGUUUCAGAAACAUUUCCAAAUCCAAUGCAAAAUAGCUACGCUGAGGAGGAUGACCACUUCUUCCCCUUCUUCUUGACUGCUAUUAUAAUUGUUGUGUUGCUGUAUAUUUUAUAUCACAAUAAAAAUAAAUUUACAAAAGUGAUUUUAGGAUUGUUAGUUGAAGGUAGACAAACAGGCCGGCGUAGAAACAGCCGUGGCCAUGCCUACCGUCGACUCGACACUCUGGAACAAGCCAUGAACACCAACACCGCGGCACCGCCAAGCAAAAUUAUAUAUUGAACGACAUUCUCUAUUUUUAGGCUAACAAUAUUUAUAAAACUAAUUUCGUUUGCUGUCGAAACAUCUUAUCGAUAACAAGCAACUGUCCUUUAUAAAAUAAUUUAUAUGAAAAAAUUACGUAAAAAGUUCAAAAACGCACAUGUGACGUCAUUAAUCAUGUAUUUUUCAUUGGAUUGAUUUACUGAGUAGUGUUACUGACUUGUAACAUUUUAUCUCAUUGUAAUCAAAUAAAUUGUAUACUUGUUCGCCUCUAUUGAGAUUUUUAGGCUUUAUGGGUGGGAAUAUAAAAUUACAAAAACACAAUUCUAGUAUGGUCAAACAUUUUAUAUACUUGGCCCAAAUACAACUAAUUUUAUAAGAUAAUUAUGAAUUAGGUGUAUACUUUAUGAAACAUUAUUUUCUUAUAUUGAUUCCUAUUAAUUUCUAACAAAAAAAGAGAUUUCGUUUCCGGUUUUCCACAUCACUAAAUAAAUUACAGUACAACAAAAAAAAAUCUUGUAUUCCUUGUGUAAAGUUAUUAAUAAAAGAUUGGACGGUGUUAAGUACAAUAAAAUGAAUGAUGAGGUUUUUUGUCUGAUUGAAACUUAUUCGAAAUAAAUCGUACAUUUAAGAACAUAUUUAGUAAUAUAUAUAUAGUAUAGUAUUAAGAUAUUUUACGCUUACUCUGCGGAUUACAUUCAUAAUCUUUUUCAAUGGUUUUUGUUAAAAUAUUUUUUGCAAUUGCAAUUAUUUAUUUAGUCAUCAAAUUUUGGGUCCAUAUAGUCCAAAAAUAAAUAAAGUAAGUCUAACUGAGUAAAAAAAAACACGCUUAUUCCUUUGACGCUUAGGUACAACAAAAAGACGAUUUUCGAUUUUUGUUUUGUUUAAAACUUGAUUUUACAAAAACUUCUAUCAACGGCGCGUAUUAACAAGAAAAGUUGCCAAUAUUCUAUUUGUGAAUUUCCUCAGCUAGAUCUCAAUAUAUGUUGUAAUUUUUUUUUUUUUCAAGGCAAUUUUUUUUUUUCGGAGUAAAAACCAAUAUCACCGUAACAAAGAGGCAUUAAAAUAUUAUUCAUAAUUUUAGUUAAAAUAUAAAUAAAUUCAAUAACAAUGUAUUAGCGUAUGAUUCGUAUGUAUAUGAACUUUUCUACAUAAAUGUAUGAAAAUUGUUAUAAUUUCUAGAUUUUUAAUCAACAGAACUUAACGAGUCUAUAAUUUUUCUGUAUGUAAAUGACAUAUACGUACUACCUUUUCGGAAUGUAAAUCAAAUUAGAUUUUUGUCAAAAUCGGAUAUCUUUAGUGAAACGUUUAUCAUAUUAUUAAAUUCUCUAGCGUGGUAAUAAAAGGUCCAAAGUACAUUUUUGAGUCAACCAAAAUGUAGGCAUUUGCUAAUUUAUUUAAAAAUUUAUUUGAGGCAGAACGUAAGCUUUACAUUCCUGAUAGUAUAACCCAAAAGGACAUAUGUUAUAUAAAACAUACUUCUGAUUACCAAAGUAAGAGUGAUGGAUAUUGGCCCUUUUAGCACUAGGCUACAGAUUUAUUUAAUAUGCAACAACUUUUCGUUAUGUAUAUCCAAAUUA